UGUUUUUGCAGUGCUUACCUUGACGGAAUUGGCACAAGGGACAAGUACGGUGGUUUACGCAUCAAUCUGUCCAAAGGCAGUGUAUGUGCUCGAGAAUUUGUCGGUUUGUUCAUUACAGUAAAACAUUUCUGGUUCUCCUUCGUAGAUCACGUAACCAAGGCAUGUAACGGCAACCCUCGUCCGUUCACUGCCAUUUGGGUAACCGUUCCUAGCGAAAAAUUUCAUUUGGUUUCUGCGUUAUGCGCGGACCCACCGGAUGGUCCUGGCCUACAAUUUCAUCAUGCUACUGGUCGUUCGGCAACUCUUAUUCGUUGGUUGGAUGAAGGCCCGUCCAGAAUCCCCGAAUACGCGACCCAUCAGCUUGGGGUUGCAGCGGAAGCUGUGGUACGUGAGGUGUACGAGGAAUGCAAUGUGGACGCGGUGUUCUCCGGGGUGAUCGCUUUCCGACAACAGCAUCGACACCCGAAUGCAUUUGAUCGAUCCGAUCUAUUGGUUCUUUGUCGACUGAACUUACCCCCGGGAACCAUUGACUUGCCAAAAAUACGUCCCUGUCAAAAAGAACUGUCCGAUGCGAAAUGGAUGACCCUGUCGGAACUGAACGAGGCUCAAGUGCAUUCCGUUCUGGACGAUCACAAUCUACGCCGACUGGCCAGCACCAACGAGAUUCACAUUACCACCAUAACCAAAAAGAUUUUAGAUCUCCUCAGCCGCGAUUCCCCACAUCCGUAUGUGGAAUUGCGACCGGAACAUCUUCAAUCCAUCUUAAAGGACCGUAGUUAUGACUUGUUCCUUCCGUGUGCGAACAACACGCAAUGA